GAAUCGCUCAACGGGUUAUAAAAUCAAAGCCGCGGGUAAAGUCUGCAUGUAGGGCCCACUCUAUUUAUCAUCAACCUAACGGAAACAACCGUAUCAACCAAACCUCAAUUAAGCAAACCCAAAAACACUCUUUCUUCUCUUCCCUAACAAUUAACAAUGAAAACCAUAUUAUCCCUCCAAUUCCUAUCUCUGAAUUAACCAAAAAAAACUGAAAAAGUUUUGAAAUUUAGAGAUUGAAUUUUUUUUUUUUUUUUUGGCGAGCAAUGGCGGCGGCGGCGAUAUUGAACGGGGAGAGAGUGGUGGUGGUUCUGUUCAUCGGUCUCGUUCUCUUCUCUCUCCCUCUCUCUCUCCUCCUUCAGGGCGUCGCUCUCUCUCUCCUCGCCCUCUCCGCCCUCUUCAUCGAGAUCCGCGCCGAGGAUGAUGCCUCCUCUUCCUCUUCCCUUUCUCUCUUCAAAACCAGGCCUGGUGCUUCAUCUGGAAUAUUUCUUGGGGCAGUAACACUUCCUGUGGUUAUGCUUUCAAAGUUGAUACAGCUUUCGCGAGCAUUGUCGUUGCGUCAAGUUCCACUUGAAGAGCUUGAAUAUCUGACAAUGCAAUACUGGGCCACAUCUGCCAGCAGCUUGAGUGUACUUGUGUUCCUCUGCAUGGUUAUAUGGCGUUCACCCGACCAUACACGCCCGCCUUAUUCGCGUAGUAUUAUGGAUGCAAAGUUGAGUUUAAGUGGAACUGUCUUAUUUGCAGUGGUGUGCUGCGUGUCUAUUGCUGCAACAUCCCAUACUCGCUUUCAUGCAGUAUUGAGGUUAUUGUGGGUGCUUUUGCAUGGAUUGGCAGCGGUGAAAUUAAUUCAGCAUGUUCUUAGUACUUUUCCCUCUUGUGCUUCUAUUGGGGAAGCACUUUUGGUGACUGCAGGCAUUGUUCUUUAUUUUGGUGACAUGUUGGCAUGUACGAUUGCAAAGGUUACGGGAUACUUGAUUUCAUUGGAGUUGGUUUCUGUACAGUAUGGAGUCAAGAGAAGUGAAAUAGGCAUAAUUAUUCAGGGGGUGCUACUAGGCCUUCUUCUUUUUCCAAUGGUCUUUAAAUUUGUUCUUCGAAUAUGGGAAUGCUCUUCAAGUAGUGCUCACUCUGAAUCAAGAACAUAUGAGAUAGGGAAAUCUCUUAUAUUCUUUGCAUCCCUUGGAUUUAUCUUGAUUGUGAUAAUCCCAUCAUGGAUGCAGUUUGCUCAGGAUUUUAGCGUGCAUCCAUUUUUAUGGGUAAUCUCGUUUGUUUUUUCAGAGCCACUGAAAAGACUAUCUUUAUGUAUGUACUGGGUGUGUGUGAUAUAUGUGUCCGUUUUGCGGUUCUACAACAUUUCGAAGAAUAGUAAGAUUGAAAGGAUUCUUCUCCGAAAAUACUACCAUCUGAUGGCUGUUUCAAUGUUUCUGCCUGCUCUUAUCUUCCAGCCAAAGUUUCUUGAUCUAGCAUUUGGUGCAGCUCUGGCAGUUUUCUUGGUGAUAGAAAUUAUUCGAGUGUGGAGAAUUUGGCCUUUGGGACAACUUGUACAUCAAUUUAUGAAUGCUUUCACAGACCAUCGUGAUUCUGAUCUUCUUAUUGUAAGCCAUUUCUCUCUCUUAUUGGGUUGCGCACUUCCAAUUUGGAUGUCUUCUGGAUUCAAUGAUCGACCACUUGCCCCUUUUGCCGGAAUUUUGAGUCUUGGAAUUGGAGAUACAAUGGCGUCAAUGGUUGGCCACAAGUAUGGUGUCCUCAGGUGGAGUAAAACUGGCAAGAAAACUAUUGAAGGGACUGCAGCUGGUAUAACGUCUAUGCUGGCUGCUUGCUCAAUUCUGCUUCCACUUCUAGCAUCUACUGGAUAUAUUUUUACCCAGCAUUGGUUGUCUCUUCUCCUAGCCGUGACAGUCUGUGGUUUGUUGGAGGCAUACACAGCACAACUUGACAAUGCUUUCAUACCACUCGUUUUCUAUAGCCUUCUCUGUCUGUAAAUGCAGCUCCAACCUCCUAAAAGUAUAUAUAUAUAUAUACAUGAAUGGUUAUGACAAAUACUGCCUCAGUUCUCCAUGAUUAUGGAUCAAUUGCCUUUGAGCACGUUUUUGUAGAUAUAACAAAUCCACAAGUACCAGUAGAUUUCAUACAGCCUGUUGUGUGGCAUACUCUUCUUAGAUAGGUUGGUCUCCGGAGUAGGUUUAGGAUUGAUCAAGUUUCACUACUUUAAUGGUAGGUUUUGUGAGCGUUUAUUUAUUGGGUGAGGCCCCAUGUAUUUACUGAGCAUACGAGAAUGACACCAUUGUUUAUCCCAACUGAAAAUAAGUCACAUUUUUUCCCCUAUUUUUCGUUUCAUUGUUGAGGGAGAGAAUAAUACAUCUUAGAGACAUGUUGGAAUUAUUGAAAUUCUUUGAUGAUAAUAAUAAAAAAAAAUUCAUGUUAUAUA